AGCAGCCGCAGCAGCAGCAACAGCUGAGAUCACCGCGUAGCACUCUCGCUCAUCCGCUCCGUUGGCUCGUCGUCUCUGCGGACCGACCGAUCGCUCGCAGAACGGAGGCUGAUGUUAUUUUCAGCGGCCGAAGAUUUACAGUAACAACACGGACCUUAGCAGCAUCGCCUGCACCGCUAGUCGCUCGGAUAUACGACGGUUUUCCGAUUUCGGACUCGGAUUUUCAGAUCUGUGGAUUCUGUGUUCUAUUCUGCUCUGUUUUCGGUUCUGUUUGCUGUUAAUUUUAGACUCGCCAAGCGGAAGCUUGCCAGAGUUUUCCAAAAUAUCCCGCUGCCUCGUGUGUUUUCCCCCGUUUGUUAAUAUUUCGCGCAUUUCGCCAAAAGAAGAGCGCACGGCAAAAAUGUCGUGCCGCGAAAAUUUCGAUUAACCUCUGGUCGGUUUCGCUUUCGGUUCGGCUUGGUUAAUUAAUUAAUGACGGAAUCUCUCGGUGUCGCCGUUGUUCUCAGCACGCGCCCUCCGGGCCCAAAUGCAAUCAUUAAUAAAGGCAGACAAAUAUCAAACUAUAUAUUUUGCCAUACGCAGUCUACGGAGAAAACGUUGAAAACGCUGAAAAUGUGAAAAGUGAAUGAAACGCAUGUGAAUCUCGCAGUGCCAAAAGACGCAACAAAGCCGGGCAAAUUCAAUAAAAACCCAAUUUCGAUUUCAAUAAAUUUUUUAAAUGAAAAUGUGAGCAGUGAAAAUGUGAAUACCCAAACAGUGAAGAAGAAGAAUACACAUUUUCCAAGAUACUGAAGCAAAAUGCAAGCCAAUUCGAGCACCACCACCACAACAACGACCACCAAGACCAAGAAGCUUAGCAGCGGCACGGGGACCAACAUGAUCAGUUCGGUGGCGGUCACGAGUGCCAUCAAAACCACCACCACGACACGUAAGCCAGCGGGCUCUGGAGUCAGUUCCAAGGUGUCCAAAGCGCAGGGAGCGACGAACAGCACUCCAGCCAGCAGCGAUUCGAAUGCGGAAAUAGCCGAGUUGACCAAGAAGAUCAACGAUCAUGCCGACGCCAUCUAUCACACGUGGAAGAGCCAGGGCAUACCACCGACGGAACUCCUGACGAUGUACACAAGCGCCGCAGCCUCCGGCGACCUUGCGGACGUGGCCUCGCCCACCGCCGACGCCGAGGGACUCCAGAAAAUGGUCACCAGCUUCGUCAACAAGGACAAAGAGCAGCGCGGCAAGAGCAACACCCUGAAGAAGUCCGACAUAACAACAGCCAAUGGCAAGGUGAAAAAGGCAGCGGUCUCCAGCUUCAGUCCCGUGCCAGAUCAGGCACUGCAAUCUCCCAAAAAAGUGGCCGCCGUUACCGUCAGCAAGCCCUUGCCCGAUGUCAAUCUCAACUACGACAUCAGUUUAGACCUGGACGUGAACAACCUCUCCUCGCAGCAAACCCAGAAUCUGCUGAAGAUCAGCGAGCUUAUUCAGCAGCAGAAGGACGUGGCGGCCACAGUGGGCAAAAAGCGCCAGAACAGCAAGGCCAACAGCAGCAGCAGCAUCAACAGCAACCACAUCGGCAACUCGGCCAGCAGUAACAAGUUAACAGCCUCGGAGCAACCCACCAAAAAACAGAGCAAGGCCAACAGCAGCGGAAGCACCAGGACCGGAUCGGCUGCUGUUAGCCUCGAUGUCGUCGAUGGGCCAUCGGCUGCGAGAAUUGCCAACAGCACGGCAGUGAGUGAUAAGGGCGGCGAGCCAGCGGCCACCGGCAGUCGCAAGUCGAGCAAAACCAAAGAAACUAGUGCCGAUUCGAAGCCGGCAACCAAAGAAAAGCCCACAGCGGUGGCCACAGUAGCCAACGCACGCAAAUCAACAAGUCGCAUCGCCACUGAUAACGCCGGCAACAUGGCGGCAGCGACAGCGGCAGCAGCGGCAACAUCGGCAACAUCAGCAGCAACAGCAACUUCGAUGGAUGCAACGCCAGCAACAGCGGCCAGCACAACGAUGCCAACGUUGAAUAAAGUCAAACCGACCAGCGGGGCGCGGGCGGCGCUCGCCAAUGGCCAGGACAAAAUGAAUCUCCUCACCCGUGGCUCCGUGGCCGAGCGCGUGCUCAUGUUCGAGAAGUGUCCGGAUGUGCGGCACGCCUUCCUCAACAUCAAACGGCCCCAGACGGAUCCUCCGCCCAAGAGUCUCAUGAAGGUCAAGCUACAUGCCACACCGCCCCCGCCGCCCCAGGAGCAGAAUCUGCUGCAGAAGGAGAUCCGCUCCACAAAAAGCGUCUACAUACCGAGAUUCUACUUUCCACACGGCAAGCCCCAGCCCAACAUCGCCAUGGAGCGCGUGGUGCGCGGCAUUCUCUCCGCCUUCGACAGCUUUCCCAACAACCAGGUGACCAAGGACGAGCUGCCGCGCAUCCUCAAGAUUUGCGGCCUGCCUUUCUACUGGCGCAUGCCGGUGAUGGUCUUCUGCCAAUCGGCCAGCACGGGUCUCGUCGAGCGUCAGCGGUUCGUCGAGUUCUGGAAACAAAUGAAUGUUUAUUGCCAUGAGGCGGCCUCGAGAUUCGUGUACAUUCUGUCGCGUGGCCAGAGAUUCCGUUCGUACAUCGUGCCCGAGGACCUGGUGCCCAUGGUGCAGGAUGUGGUCGACACACACCCCGGCCUGGCCUUUCUCAAGGAAGCCACCGAGUUCCAUUCCAGAUACGUGCACACAGUCAUCGCGCGCAUUUUCUAUUCGGUAAACCGCAGUUGGAGCGGCAAGAUCACAAUAGCCGAACUAAAACGAUCCGAUCUGCUGGAGAUGAUCAGUCUGCUGGAGGAAGAAGAGGACAUCAAUCAGAUAAUGGCCUUCUUUAGCUACGAGCACUUCUACGUGAUUUACUGCAAGUUUUGGGAACUGGACAAGGACCACGACCUGCUGAUCAACCAGGAGGAUCUGGCCAAGCACAGCGAUCAUGCCCUGUCAUCGCGCAUCGUGGAGCGAAUCUUCUCGGGAUGUGUAACGCGCAGCGAUAACAAAAAGGCGCCGGAAGAUGAAGCCAAGAUGUCCUACACGGACUUUGUGUGGUUCAUCCUCUCGGAGGAGGACAAACGGACGCCGACGGCCAUCGAGUACUGGUUUAGAUGUAUGGACGUCGACGGAGAUGGAGUGCUGUCCAUGUACGAACUGGAAUACUUCUACGAGGAGCAGCAGCAAAGGAUGGAGGGAAUCGGCAUUGAGUGCCUGCCUUUCGAGGACUGCCUGUGCCAGAUGCUAGAUAUGAUCAAGCCAGCAAAUCGGGACUGUAUCACGCUGGGCGAUUUGAAACGAUGCAAAAUGACGCACGUCUUCUUCGAUACCUUCUUCAAUCUGGAGAAGUAUCUAGAUCACGAACAACGAGAUCCGUUUGCCUCACAGCGUGACGAAUAUACCUCCGAUUGGGAUCGGUUUGCGGCACAGGAAUACGAACUGCUCAUAUCCGAGGAAAACGAUUAAGGGUCGCCAAAAGAUAUUUAUUAACUUACAAAUUUUUAUACAAAUUUAUAUACUACGAGAUGAAAAGGAAACGUAAAAACAAACAAAAAGAAGGAACUACCAUUAGUCCAUUAUGUGCAAUAAAUUCAAAUUAUUUAUUAUGAGUUCUGCAGACUUAGUUGAAUUUGAAUGAUGAAUAAAAUAAAAUGAACGAAAACU